AUGGACAAAGACCGCAGCCUGAUUCUGUUCCUGGUGCUGCUUCUCUGUCACAAAGGCAACACAGACGUACAAACCUCUUGUCCAUACAAAUGCCAGUGUUUCACUCCAGUCCAAGUACUGUGUGCUGAUGCAGGAAUGUCAUCUUUACCCAGGAACACGUCCAGGCAGGUCAAGGACUUUAUUAUAAUGUCCUCAUCCCUGGCCUACCUGUUCUUCCACACUUUAGAGGAAAGCCCCCAACUCACCAAGCUUAUCUUCCUAAAUAAUGCACUGCGAAGUAUUCACUCUAAGUCUUUUGAGCAUCUGGCUGAGCUGCAGGAGCUGGAAAUCAGUGGGAACCCUGGACUGGAGCAUUUAUAUCUGGAGACUUUUGCAAAGCAGGGCAACUUGACUAAACUGGUGCUUAACUUCAACAGGUUCAAGACAGUGCUUCCUGGUAUGUUUGACUCUCUUAAACAGCUAGAAACGCUGCAGAUGAAGGGCAACAUCAUAUCAGAUCUGCCUACAUUUCUUUUCCUGAACCUCCACAAUCUGCGUGUCCUGGAUUUGUCACAAAAUCAGCUUGAAGGAGUGAAAAGGGAAACUUUUUCUGGUCUGGCAAGACUGGACACCCUUAAAAUGAACUAUAACCUCAUCAGCAUUCUUGCAUCUGACACGUUCCACAAUAUUUCUCAACUGACAGAGCUUCACUUGGAGGGGAAUAAGAUAUCAGAGCUUGCUGACAGCAUCUUCUUUAUGUUAACCGAACUGAAGGUGCUGAACCUCCGUGGAAACCUUCUUACAACCUUCAGCGAUAAAGUGUUUGGAUUCAAGGCCACAAAUUUGGAGGAGCUGAACCUAAAAGGCAACAGACUGAAUGAGCUGUCCUCUCUAAGCAGUUUGACAUCUCUUACCGACCUUAUCUUGUCUUCUAACCAGCUUUCCACCCUUCCUCAAGACAUUUUUAGAAAUGUUACAGUCCUGGAGAAUCUGGACCUGUCUGAAAACCAGCUCACCUUACUGCCCAAAAUGAUCUUUCAUGGUCUAUUUAGCAUCAAGGCAAUCCACUUAAACAACAACAACUUGAGCAACGUGGAUGCUGAACUGUUUGAGGAUCAGCUGCUCAUCCAGCAGCUCUACCUGUCUGACAACCAGCUGGAAACUCUCCCACCGGGCCUUUUAGACCCUUUUGUCCUCCAGCACACAGUGAGACUACACGGAAACCCCUGGAAAUGUGACUGCCACAUGUGGUAUCUGCAUGACUGGGUGCUGAGAAACAGCCAAGACAUAGAGAUGCUUGACAGGAUGCUCUGCGAGAGCCCGGGCUAUCUGAGCAAACUGCCAGUUGUCUCCAUCGACAAGGACCAGCUUUUGUGUCGGUUGUCCAAAGAUGAGAUGCCUGAUCUCACCCACUGUAGCCAAGAAGCUUCCAAUGACACUGUGAUCAUCAAGUGUAAAGUGGAUAAAUGCUCUCCACUAACAGUGAAGGUACAGUUUCAGGAAGAUGACGGUGGUAUUAAGGAGCAUAUUUUGAAGAAUUCUCAUUGUAGCAACGAGACAAUGAUCGAGAGCCCCAUUCAGUAGUUCUCCCUGUUAAUUAGACUUUGUUAUCUGUGCAAAUUCGUCCUCAGACAGAGAGUCACAUUAUAUGUUCGGACUGUCACAGUCAAUACUGUAAA